GACUCUUCUCGGGGCAUUUGUCUGAGAAGAGGCACACUUUUUUCCUUCAUAUCCAUAAUUUACAAAAAAUAACCAAGAUGCGAAACAAACAAAAACGAAUAUCAUUAAAAUAAUUUAAUACGUAAGCCAAAGGUUCGUCAUGUGGUACAUAUUUCGUAAUCGCAAUUCAAUUCGUUAGGGGAGAGGGAGGUCUGUUAAUGUCUAUCAAUCGUUCGCCUUCACUUCUCCACCGCUUAACGAGUCUCGAUCGAGCAGAUGAUUUGUGCAGUCCAACCAUUUUGCUUCCUUCUCUUUUUCGGUUUUAAUCAUCAAUUUUUGGUUUUGUUUUCCUUUUUUGGCUUGCGCUUUCCCCGUAGUCACAAACCACCACCGGCCACACGCGAUCCUUCAUUCAUUCCCGCCGCCUGCCUCCGUAGCACAUUCGUCAACGCGCACGUGUUCUCGUGUCACCGGGACGUUUGUCCCGCGCUAAAUCUACGCUCGUUACUCCCAAUCCCCGCCCCUCACCCGAGUCUUCAGCACUCCGGAGAGUCUCGAUUUUCGGGGGCCAAAAAGUGGGAUGCAGUGCGAGCUGCAAACGUGUGCCUCUCUGGUGGCAGUAGAUUUAGGACGUGAGUGCCCACCACCGGAUGCCACCAGCAUUCUUCAUCUGGCGCCCAACAAAAGCUGGAGCUGUGCUGAGACCACUUAUAGAUGCUUAGAUGCUUCUUCUCGAGCGCGAACUCUGCUAUAACAUGUUCUCUCUCUCUUUAAACACCCCUCUACCCGAAUACACCUUCCCCAUUACCCCCUGGUUUCCUCUCCUUUCGCCUUCUUUUAAUGCUGCUACCAUACGGCGUGUACACACGACGUCGUCGCUGUCAUCUCUCCCGGUCCGCGGGUAACUCGGUCGGAUGCGCAAUCCACCGUGUUCCGCGUAACACAAAUCGGCCCCAUGCAUGCACGAUUGCAAUGGGCUGCAGGUGGUGGUGCUCGUAAGCGUGACCUGAACAAUCUGUACCAAGUGAUCUACUACGGUGACUCGCAGGUCGAGGUCGGUAAACCGUUCUCGAUUUCGUGCAUCAUCAGCAUCGCCAAUCCGGUCGAGUGGCACAAGGACGGCGAACCGAUCCGGAAACGGGCGAGCAACAUUCGCCACGGCAAGGACGAGCAUAGCUACAUCGAGAGCGAGAUGGGGAUCGCAGGCAAUCGGGAUAAGAUCGAGGCCUCGAUCAGCGUGCAGCGUGCGCUACCGAAACACCAGGGCAAGUAUCAGUGUAACGCGCUGUACAAGAACUACCACCAGCUGUACGUGCUGCGCAAUGGAUCGCUGCUCGGUGGUUCGGCCCAUGGCGGAGAGCGGAAACACGAGGAAGAACCGGCGGUCGUCGCCCCAUUCCCCGUGUCGCACGGUACCGUCCGAUCCACGCUGAUGGCACCGCUCUCGAUCGAGCAUCAUCAUUUCACGACCGCCGUUGCACUAGCACCGGCCGCCAUGGACCGUGAUGGGGAUGGAGGACGGGAGGACGAAGAGGUUGUGGUGAUCGCGCACCAACCACCCCACCAACCACCCCAACCAGUCCAACCACCACAAUCAAAAGCAGGCCACAGUCCGCAUCACCAUCGGCAACAAGCGGCCAAUUCGCCAUCGUCUGGCUCUGGGCUAGUGACCGAGCGAGGUGGAACCGGUGGUGGCCACCGGCAUCAUGGCUCGGAUAAGAAACCGCUUAUAACGCAACCGCAACCACCGUACACUCCCAGCAAAGAGGACUCGAAGCGCUUCGUUAGUCAGAAGACGACGAUCGAUCAACAACCAGACGAGCCAAGACGAGGGGAGGAAGCGACGGUAAGCAGCGGUGGCGGCGGCAAAGUGAUGACGGUGGUGGCGCACGGUAGCGGCAAGAUCCAUCCGUCGGCCGGACGUACCCAGCAGCAACGUCCACCACCACCUCCACUGAUCGAACCGAAGGAGGAGGACGCGGAUGAAGACGAGGACGGGGACGUAGAAGAGGAAGAAGAAGGAGUAUCGGGCGUUGGCAUGGACCACGUUGGCCACCGAGCAGCAGCACUCGAUAAGGAGAUCCGCGAGAGAGAGGACGAUGAUCAGGAGGAGGACGAGGAAGACGAACAAGAGACGACGUUGAUCGUGAUCGAUGGAAAGCCACUCUCGAUCGAGGAGGAUAACAUUGAGCGGUUGAUACAGAACAAAACCGACAUCAGUGGCAUCAUACGGGUGGACAGUCUCGAGGAGGAGGUAGCGGAAGGACUGAGGCUGGGUGUUGUGCCAGAACGGGCGGAGGUGCCCACGACGGACACCGCGACCGGCGGCCAUUCGACGGCCAUCGUUGUCGGUAGCAGUACGGCGCUCGCCACAAUCAUUACCACCACAACGAUGCCACCAACAACGCUAACAACAACAACAACAACGAAUGCAACCGGCGCUGCGCAGGAUAAUGGCGCCAACACUCAUCACCGUUCUCACCAUCACCAACACGAGCAUCAUACAACGCUGAAAGCAGCAGCAGCAGCUACCACAACCACCACCACUACCACCACCUCCACUACUUCCACCUCCACCACUACCACAACUGUCGCUACCACUACUACCGUGGCUGCCGGUGAGGAUAUUAACACACACACACAAAAAAACGUUGCUCUUUCUUUUCGUUCGCUCUCUUCUUCUUCCGCUAUUUCGGUUUUUUUUUCCUUUCUUUCAUUCGUUCCGAUCCCGGGCAGCAAAAGUCGUAUUGUUGUGCGAUUAAAAAGAAAGAAUCGGAAAACAAAAUGGAUGAUAAUUUUGUUGAUGCUAGCUCCUAGAGUCUAUUAUAUUCUGAAGCCUACCUACGACGAUGCCUCCAAAAGACUAAAAUUUUUCGAUAUAGCAAAGCCGUUCACGCUCGGGUGUAAUGUUACACAGGAUGGUUUGGAGUUAAGUUGGUCAAAAGACGGUAAAAAUGUAAGUGAAAUCGAGUCGCUGAAGGGUCGCUUCAAUCUGAUACCGGCGGAACGGAAGUUCAUCAUCAGCCGGGCACUGGAGACCGACGCCGGCGUGUACACGUGUAGCGUGCACAAGCUGAAUGCAUCGCAAAACAUUACCGUAGUUGCAAAUGUUCUUGUUAAAUUUGAGAGCACGGAGGUAGGCAAAACCAACAUUGUGGAGGGCGAGAAGCUAUCGCUUCACUGUAUAGCCUACGGUUCGGAACCGAAGAUUACCUGGAUAAUCGGCAACAAUACUUACAACGCGUCGAAAGAUCGCAUCGUGCUACAGGAGGACGGAAGAGGUGUAGAGAACGCGCUGCUCACCAUCGAAAGCAUAACGCUAGAUGACUACGCCGACUUUACCUGCGAGGCGCGAAACAAUGCCACCGAUGUCACGGGCAAACCGGCAAGGGUCACGAUGACCGUUAGAGUUAGAGGCAAAUACGCCGCACUGUACGUGUUCGUUGGUAUCAUUGCGGAAGUGGUUGUAUUAUGUGCGAUUAUUUUAAUAUGCGAAAAAAGACGUAACAAGACAGAGAUCGAGGAAAGUGAUACCGACCAGAGUCCAGACCAAAACAAGAACGGCUACAACGGUAACGAUUCCGAACUACGCCAAAGAAAGUAAACACACACUCGUGGGCACACGUUCGAUUCAGUGCCGCUCUGUGGUACAUUCGAGUGUACCUACAAGUGCGCACGCAUACCUUUGGUGUGUGUGUGUGAGUUUGGUUUUAACGAGCACGAGGUCCAAACAUUAUCAUAUUUUUCUUUUUCGUUGCGGCUCGAUUUGGUUACUUGUUUCGAAGAGUUUUUUACUCGUAAACCGCACAUCUCAGAUGCUAUGCAAUGUAUGCGCCGUACUUUAAUGCCCGAAAUUAUUGAGCGUUACUUUCAUCCCUUGUCGUUUGGCUCGCUUCCCUCUAUUGGCCAAGCAACUCUCGGAAUCACCUAAUUUAAACAAUGCACCUUUAGCUAUAUAACCAGCCAACGGUGCUGCUGAAAGAUUUGGUAUCAUUUACUAGGGGAACAUAUCCAAUUAUUCUUUCCUACCACGACGAUAAUUGCGCGCUCCAGCGUAAGUUCGUAGCUCGUACUUAAAGAAUUCACUGUUGCUUCACGCGAUGGGAAGCUACCCUCUGAAGCCAUUCUUCUAGAACACAAACACGUCACGCCAAUGGCUAACGAAAAUCAAAAACACUUUGCGUACUGGUUUUAUGAUCAAGUACGGAAUAGCGCCAUACUUUCACAAAAUCGCCACUGUUGAAGGCAACUGGGGCGGAAGUUUGGAAUUCGAGCGUUUGCCAUUUGCAGCGCUUAAUCUACGCGCACGUCGCCUGUUAUUUAGCUUUGUCAGUAUUUUAAAGGAAAACGAAACGGAACAGAUUCAAAUUCGGUUACCAGAAACAUAAAAUAGGAAUACAUAAAUAGUGUACACCGCCGUGGUGUGUAUUUAGUGCCGAGUAGAAUCUCAAUAAAAAAGACUUUGUUCUUCUAACAAACACGUGUGUACUACUUCCCUGGCCUAUUUGCUGUGAGAUUCGCUUCUGCCGAUUAGUUCUUACGGGUAGGAGUCGAAUCCUAUCGGUGUGUGCCGUUAAAACUAAUUGGUGGUAUCAAAUUCAUGUUUAGUUUUGUCGGAAAGAAAUAUUUCCUUCACUUGCUCUGCUCGACAGAAUACACAACCCAUCCACUCGUCUCAGUUUCAUCCAUGAAAUUCCCUCGCCAUCAUUGUUUAAUUGUUUUGUUAUCAACAAACAUGCCUUACAAGCUGAUUGCAUGAUUCCAAAUCGUAUCCCAAAUGGUUUCUUUUGCAUCUUAGCAGCUAUGAUUGAUCCAAUUUUUCUGUUUCUUACUAUGUUGUUUGCUAUAUUUAUUUGCCGCUCAUAUAUAGCUUCGGAUAUUAGUUUGCUAUU